AUGCGUGGUGAGGCGUCGGAUCUCGCGGUUGGGCUUCAACGGCGCGGCUGCACCGCCGCUGCCCUCACGGAGGAGGCUUUGCCUCCUGCGCUGCGGCCGCGGCCCCGCUUGCCUUCGGCCAACACUGACGGUGCGCCGUCUGUCGUCCUUGUGGGGCCGGCGCCGCCGACGUCAUUUGCGCGGCCGCAGCGCGAGCACACCCCGGCGAGCGCCAGUGGCGUUGGGGGCGACAACGCAAUGCCUGGGCACCUGCCGCGCGACGAGGAGGCCUCCUUCCAGCAGCAUGCGACUCUGUGUGUUUCGCGUGCCUGUGAGCUGGGGAGUUUGCAAGGGGAGGUGGAAGUGGCGGCGGGACAGGCGUCCCCCGCGAUGAUGAGCAGGUGUCCCCGCAGCCCAAGCACGGUUGCCGGUCGAUACGAAGAGGCAACGGAGGCGGGUGUGGUCUCUGGGCACUUUUCCCCAACGUGGUUCUGCAGACUUCAUAGUGCGGCUGGAAGCGGCGUUAUUGCGAACCCGCGUGAUACGGAGACAAGUACCCAAAUGAAGCUACAAAAGGACUUGGAUGAGGCUGCCGUGUCUGAGGGCGGCGAUGGGCCACUCGUGGGGAAAGGCGUGUGCGAACAAUUACGGGAGGAGACCACAGAGUUUUCACCGGUUCCUCUCUGCCUCCACGACGGUAGACUGUUUGCGGAUUGCACAAACGUCGAUUGCCCGACAGGUGGAAAGCUGAAAGCACCCCUUGGGCCUGCUGGUAUGAACCGAAGUCUGCACGGCGUGCAGGAGGACAGACGCCCUAUUCAAUACCGAAAGUGCAGUUCGGCUGUUUCAUGCGAGGGGUUCAAACACGCACCAGAGGCCCAACUGUCUCCGCCCCCGCGUACUCCUCCGUCCUCGGUCAGUGUGACUGAAGGGGAAGGGAGUGAGGCGCCACAGACACGUGUACCGCACGAGGGUGACGUGUGUGGGGUUACCAGAAAACACUGGGUGUUGGAAGAAGGUCCUCGACACUGUGGGGAGGCGGAGGAGGAGCCUGUUCUUCUUAGCGUCCUCCUUGAUAGAGGCUGCGGAAAACGGUACGAGGAGGAAGCCGCCUUUUGGAGGCGCCGUUGUGCCCUUGCAGAGGAACAGUUGGCGAUGGCCGUUGGAGGGGAGUGCGCCCCCUGCGCCUUCAAUACAGCGCAGUCACUGCCGCAACGAUGUGUGUCUUCGCCCCCAGAGGCUGGGAGCCUUUCGCGGGCCUCUUCUUCACGUCCUUCCUGCUUAGAUGGCAUCCGCCUCGGGACAACGCUGGCCCCGGGACAGGGUUGCUCCGUGGCUCCCCAAGUGAGCGAAGGCAACGAGGCAAGGACGAAUGAGCAGAAUGGGGAAAAGGAUUCCAUACAAAUAGAAGAGCACCACGUCGCCUCCUCCGCCCGUCCAGAAAUGUCCAAUCAGGGCACGGCACCCAAGACGACGGCGGAGCAGAAGGAUCGGUGCAUAUUAGAAAGCGAGUGCGGAGUAAUGCCGAACACGCUAGAUCGCCUCCGCUCAGAGUGCGAGGCUCUGAGGGGGGAAUUGGCCGCACAGGUUGUCCGCAAUGAGAAUCUAGAAACGAGCCUUGUCGCGAAGGAGGAGCAGCAAAUGGCCCGCCGUGAGGAGUGGCUCACGCAGGAAAAAGAAUUGAGGGGCAAGCGGGAGAAGCUGGCGACUGCCUUGCGCCUGGUUCACCGCAAUCUCGCUAGCACAGCCGGAAAACUUGAGGAACGCGAAAAGGAAAUUCACGCCGCCAGGGCGCGGUGUUGCCUUCUGGAGGCCGAAUUAGCGGCAUCCAAGACGGAAGUUGUGGGGCUGAAGGAUGCCUCUGUGAAGCGUCUGGAGGAGGGACAGCGGUUACAGCAACAGUUGGAGCAACUCGAGGCGGAGCUGCGUCCGUGCGACACAGACACGAUGAGCACAAGCAGCAUUGCCGGCAGUGCCAAGACAGAGACAUAUACGGGGGACAAUAGAGACAGAACGACGUUGAGUGAUGUCCUGCGCGAGGAAACGGAACGACGACUGAGAGGUGUGUUGGCGGCCAUGCGUCGGGGCGAGGGACGCCAGGAGUGGAUUGUGUCACAGUUACUCGACACAGUAAAGGCUUUGGGGAGGGAGGACGUGGACAGAGACGUGUUAGUAAAGGUUGACAAGAAGCUUCAGCAAUUGGUGCAGUCGCUUGAGUUGCUGCUGAAUUUUGAGCUCGAACCCCCUCACAAUACGUCGGGCUUUCCCCCAGCCGAAAUUGGGCCGUCUGAUGCGCCGCUGGCUAUUGUCCCUGAUGCGGGCGUCUUCGCGGACCUCGUGGGUCGCGCCCAGGAGCUUGUGUCUCAGUUGGCGGAAUGGUCAGGUGCACUUCAGAGGCGCCAUGCGGAGCUGGUUGAAGAGCUCGAGGUUGUUCGUGCGGAUCGGAAUGAGUUAGUGGGGCAACAGAACCUGGGAGCGCAACAUCUGCAGCAGCUGUUACUUGCAGCUGAGCAAGAAAAGAAGCGGCUGACACUUCUUCUUGGGAGGCGUGAAGCGACGAUUCGGAGACUGAACGAGGAGCCGAUUUCUACCGGUGAUUUGCUCAAGCAGCCGGCAAGAAGUUGCCGGGACUGCCCUCCUGGGGCGGCGCAGGACACUGACGAGGACACGGAUACUUUGCAUGGCCUGCAUCUCCGCGAGUUGGAACGGGCCUUGCUGCACAUUGGACGACAGACGGAUGCCUUUGCCGAUUCCCUCCACGCCCUGCUCAUGGAGACUUUGGUGGCAGUGGCGCAGGCGCACAGGAACCAGCUGGCGCGGGCAGAAGCGCGUGGCGCUGCGCUGCAGGAGCAACUGCGGCACCUUUGCGAAGAGGGUGCGGCGAGGCAGCGAGCCCAGGAUGAUUCUCGUGCGCUCUUGCAGGCUCAACUCGAAGGUGUGCAGAAUGAGCUUGCCGACAAGAAAGGCGCGCUGCGCACACUCCUGCAGUUGAACUUGCGUCAAGGCGGGAAGCCGUGGCGGGGGAUGCGCGAGGAACGGCAAGAGGGAACGCCCCAACACUUGGUGGGUUCGACAAAAUCUUCUCCUCGACGCCUCGCCUUAUCGCCGCCCUUGGGUGAUGAGAAACGUGGCGGCGACGUUUCUACGGGCCUUGUGCUGGAUCCACCCCAUGCGGCUCUUCCCCAACGGGCUGCGUGCGCCGCGGCUGACGGGGCAAGGGGCUCCAGCAGUGCGGAAAGGACAAGCACAGCGCGAGGGUCACCAUCGUCGUUGGUGCCUGCUGCUUUCGCUGGGCAUGACAAACAGGGGCAACUUGGGCACCUCCAUGCUUCUCCUCAGCGGCCCCCUGGGAGGCAGUGUCUCUCUCUCCCAUACUCUGGAGGGAUUGCCCCCAACUCUUCGUCGUCGAGCGACGCUGCCGCUACCUCGCCGCCGAAGGGAAGUACUGAUAGGCACCACAGUUGUAGCUCCACGGUCCAGCGAGGUACGAUGCGCAAAUAUCAAGAGGUAUGGAUGCGCCAGGCCGAACUGAUGGGACUGUUGAGCGAUGAGAGAGGGCACGACGAAUCCCCUCAGUUAAUCGCUUUGCUUCGGUCAAAUAAGUAA